AUGGCCGAGAAAUUUUCCGAAGUUUUUUUACCAUCGACUACCGGACAAGUAGUAACUAUUCCAAAAGAGGUGAAUCAAUUAACAAUUAAAGAUGGCAUUAUUUUCAUCGGUAAAGAACAUCCUAAUCAUUCAAAAUCUUACUGUUGUCAAUUUUUAAUGGUUUUGGUUUUAUUGUUGGUUUUUGGAGUAGGAGCAAUAAUGAUUAAACCAAUGUUCGGUCAAUUACCGACAAUUGUUCUUCGUGAUUUACGUGAUAAUUCAUUGCUCGAUCGUAGUAUCAUAAAAUCAUCGACUUCAAUAACACAAACAACUAGCCAAACGACAAACAGUCAAUCGAAUGUAACAAUUCUUUAUUCAAUGGUUAAUCCCUAUACAAGUUUACCCAGCUAUUACAAAAUCUCUUCGGUCUAUAUAGCAAGGGCUUAUCAAACGACAUUAUCAUUUUUCAUGCAAAAUGGUCCAUCGUGGACAUAUCUUGACGAUGUUUCAGUCAAGAAUACAUAUGGAACAGAGCUUCUUAAUAAUGGAAAUUUUGAGAAUAACAGCACCUUAUAUUGGCGUGGAUGGUCUAAUGCAAAUAUUGUUGUAGGAAGUAAUGCACAUACAGGUCAGCGGUGUCAUAGUGAAGGUGCUUCUGCAGGAACAAAUCUAUCACAAACAUUUUAUACAACACCUGGAAAUGUGCUCAACAUUACUUUUUGGAUUCAAUGGAAAGGAACUGGUUCACCCAUUUCAACCAAAGUUACCAUUUAUCCAUGA